CGAGCGCCAAUUUCAUUUUCUUCCUUUCAAUCUUACAUACUGAUUAUAUGACAGUGCCAGAGAACCCUUUCAUCUUUAAUUCACGUCGACCUACAGUCUAUGGCACUAAAGGAAUGGUUGCCAGCUCGCAGCCGUUCGCAACACAGGUGGGUAUUGAAAUUCUGAAGAAAGGAGGCAAUGCAGCUGAUGCAGCAGUAGCAGUUGCCGCUGUAUUAAGUGUUAACGAAUUACCAUGUACUGGUGUGGGUGGUGACGGAUGUUGCUUAUUUUAUGAUGCAAAAAAACGUAAAGUUAUUGGUUUGAAUGGUUCUGGAAGGACUCCUGCAGCAUUGACGGUUGAUCUUCUUCGCCAACAGGGAGAAUUUGACGGCCACGCAUGCGUUUCCCCUUAUAGCGCACAUUCCAUUACUGUUCCCGGCGCAGUAGCAACAUGGACAGAUACGAUUGAGCAUUUUGGCUCAGGGAACCUUGAUAUGGCCACUAUUUUGCAGCCAGCCAUCGAACUGGCCGAAAACGGGUUCCCACUUUCCUACGUUCCUGAACAGGGUUGGAAGAGGGCUGAAAAAAUGUUGAAAGAAAACAACAGUGCUGAGAAUAACCUGCUCAUCGAUGGUAUUCGUGCCCCAGUUGAAGGCGAAAUAGUGCACCUUCCUGAUUUAGCAGAGACACUUCGAGCUAUCGCUGACAAAGGAAAAGAUGGGUUUUACAAAGGACGUGUUGCUGAUGCGAUUAUUGAGGCAGUCAAGUCGCGUGGAGGCGUUCUGACACACGAAGAUCUUGCGUCACACACAUCCGAAAUCAUUGAGCCUAUAUCGCUUGACUAUCACGACUGGACCAUAUGGGAACUUCCGCCCAGCAGUCAGGGGAUUACUGCUCUUAUUGCCCUUGGCAUCAUCCGUGCUUUGGAAGAAGAACAUGGCUUAGAUCUCUCAAAACUGGAACAUAACUCUGCGGAGUAUCUGCAUAUCAUUAUCGAAGUACUUCGGCUGGCAUUUGCUGAUACGCGCUACUACGUAGCGGAUCCACAAGUAUUCCCUGUGCCGACCGAUAAAUUGUUAAGCAAAGCCUACCUUUCUGAGCGUGCCAAAUUGGUGAACUUGGAAAAACGAAACGGCGAAAUUGUAAAAGGUUAUCCUGAUAAAACCUGCGAUACCGUUUAUUUAUCCGUCGUUGAUGAGGAAGGCAAUGCCUGCAGUUUUAUUAACUCGAAUUUUGGAUAUUUUGGUAGUUGCAUUGUUCCUGACAAAUGUGGUUUCCCACUUCAUAAUCGGGGAUACAGCUUUACACUCAUCGAGGAUCACCCUAAUUGUAUUGGUCCCAGGAAGCGUCCGUACCUCACCCUCAUCCCAGCGAUAAUCACGCGAAAAUCGUCCUCUGGAGACCAUGAAUUCGAAGCUUCUUUAGGAGUGGUAGGAGCGUUUAUGCAGCCUCAGGGCCAUGUUCAGGUUAUUAUGAACUUAAUGCGCUAUCUCGCAAGUCCUCAACACGCGAUUGAUCUACCACGAAUUUGCGUUGCUCCAGCCAAAUCCGAUGGAUACGUGAUGCCUAGUUUACGUCGAUUUACAGAUGUCAUUGACUCUGUAGUAUACGUGGAGGAUGGUAUCGCGCCUGAAGUUGUUAAAAAAUUAGAAGCAAUGGGUCACACGUGUUAUCCCUCCAAAGGUACUGCUCGUUUGACAUUUGGCCGUGGUCAAAUCGUUGUUGCGAAAACAGAUGCACGUACUGGAAAACGCGUCCUUGCUGCCGGUAGUGAUCCUCGCGCUGACGGCCAAGCUACGGGAUGGUUGUAAUUUCCCUCGUUGAUGGAUCCACUCUAAUUGGAGAAUAUGGACAAGAAAUUGUAUAAAAUGUAAUAAAGCCUUAUACAGUGGAUUCCAUAUAGUUUAACACAUAGAUUUUCGACAUGAAAAUAGGGAUUGUAAAUGUUAAUGAGUACUAGGUCAGACUACAUAAUCGUUAAACAAACAUAUACACAUAUACAGCAGAC